AGCAUCACCUCCACCUAGCUGUUGAAUCAUCCUGGGGAAGCCCGCCCCCCUGAGUGGCUACUAUGGGGGAUGACAGCGAGUGGAUGAAGCUUCCCAUUGACCAGAAAUGUGAACACAAGGUGUGGAAAGCUCGCCUGAAUGGCUAUGAGGAAGCUCUGAAGCUCUUUCAGAGGGUUGAAGAUGAGAAGAGUCCAGAGUGGGGGAAGUACCUGGGCCUAAUAAAGACGUUUGUGACCGAUUCUAAUGCUGUGGCUCAGCUUAAAGGCCUGGAGGCCGCUCUGGCUUUUAUUGAAAAUGCACACAUCGCUGGCAAAACGACAGGUGAAGUAGUGUCGGGCGUAGUGAACAAAGUGUUCAACCAGCCUAAGGCGCGAGCGAAGGAGCUGGGCAUGGACAUCUGCCUGAUGUACAUCGAGAUCGAGAAGGCUGAGAUGGUUCAGGAGGAGCUGCUAAAAGGACUGGACAACAAGAACCCCAAGAUCAUGGUGGCCUGUACCAAGACCAUCACCAAGGCCCUCAGUGAGUUUGGAUCCACGAUCAUCUCUCUGAAGCCCGUGGUGAACGUUUUACCCAAGCAGUUUGAGUCCAGGGACCAAGCUGUGAGGAAUGAAGCCAAACUGCUGGCUGUGGAGAUCUACAAAUGGAUCAGAGACGCUCUGAGACACUCGUUACAAAGUAUUAACUCUGUACAGCUGAAGGAGCUGGAGGAGGAGUGGGUGAAGUUGCCUCCAUCUCCACCCAAACAGACCAGGUUCCUGCGCUCCCAGCAAGACCUGAAAGCCAAGUUUGAACAACAAGCCCAAGGAGGAGACAACUCUGAAGCCAUGGACUUGCUGCCAGUAGAACUGCAGGUUGAGGUGCUGAAGUAUGUAGGUAUCAUGGACCUACUCAAUGUGGAGAAGGCCUACGGCCACAUGCCAUCCAUCCGCACACCAAGUCUUUGGAGAGAGGUGAAGAUGUACAGGAUUGAUGACCAGUACUUGCCAGAAGUGUGGGAGUUUAUGACCAAGGAAGUGGUGGGGAAAGAUGCUAAUGUGAUGUUGGUAACAUUGGCUGCUAAAUGCCUAGCUGGGCUGGCCACCGGUCUCAGGAAGACGUUUGGACCAUAUGCAGGCCAG